UUUGCACAUUUCUAACCAGGAGGUGGCGCUAAUGAGUUUCUCAUAUUGAUCAGCUGCUUAAAAGAAAAUCACGAAGAAGAAGAACCCGGAAGUGAGCCGGCUGUGACCUGCGGGUUGUCUUUCCUAUUUAAAAUGGUUUUAUUUGCGAGAUAAAAGUCAUGUUUGGUUUGAGAACGCUUCACCGAAACAAGACAUUAAAGUACGGAGUCCCGAUGCUGUUGCUGGUGGUCGGAGGCUCCUUUGGUCUGCGGGAGUUUUCCCAGAUCCGAUACGACGCCCAGAAGAUCAAGAAAAGGCUGGAUCCGUCUCUGGCGGCGAAGCUGAACCCUCAGAAACAGGCCGUCAUCCUGGAGGAGGAGUAUGAGAAGUUAAAGGAGAAGAAUCUGGACGAGUGGAAGAACAUCCGCGGGCCGCGUCCGUGGGAAGAUUCCCGGGAAUACCAGGAGCAGCAGCGCCAGAAGAUGAGCAAGGGGUCCUGAGAGUGUGGGCGGAGCCUAGAGCCAGAACGCACGCUUCAGGACUUGUUUGUGCACACGUUGGUGCACGGCAGUCGCUAAGCGGGCGUGUGUGACGCUGACAAACAUCCAGCAGGUGGCGCCAGAUCCAGUGGAAAACUCUGAAGCUGAAUAAAGGAUGCCAGUUGGUCCUUUUG